AUAAAAUUUGUUUAUUUGUAUUAUCUACGUACCUCACUAUAUGCCUUAUCUAUGUUCAUGUAUAUACAUACCGAUUAUCCAGACGCCUCAUGUCGAGUUUCCCGCUCGCACGCUAAUUCUAUCAUUUACAGUUUGAUUACUAGAAAUGAAGCGAGGAGAAGAAAAAAAAAGAUACGCCAGGACAACCGGUGUCCUUUCCCCCAAAAAUGCGCCCAAAUGAAUCAUGAUAAUAAAACCCAAACGCCUC